CCCCUUAAACCCUUCCUUCCACCAGCACUUCCUUUUCUAUCCAAAACGAAUACACAUUCAUCACUUGCCACAAUGGACCCAAAAGCCGUGAAAUCUGACUUAGUCCUCAUCCUGGACUUCGGUUCGCAAUACACCCAUCUCAUCACUCGCCGCAUUCGCUCUCUCUCCGUCUUCUCACUCUGUAUCUCCGGCACUUUCCCACUUUCCUCCAUCACUUCCCUCAACCCCAAAGUCGUUAUCCUUUCCGGGGGACCUCACUCUGUCCAUGCCGAUGAUUCUCCUUCAUUUGCUGAUGGGUUCGUUGAGUGGGCUCAGUCCAACGGUGUUUUUGUUCUGGGCAUCUGUUACGGACUUCACUUGCUUGUUCAGAGACUUGGUGGAGAAGUUAGGGUUGGGGAGAAGCAGGAGUAUGGAAGGAUGGAGAUUGAGGUUGAGAAAAGUUGUGGUAUUUUUGGGGGAAAGAAGGUUGGGGAUAGACAGGUUGUUUGGAUGAGUCAUGGGGAUGAGGCUGCUACUUUGCCUAAUGGGUUUGAAGUGGUGGCUAGGAGUCAGCAAGGGGCCGUCGCUGCCGUUGAAGAUAAGGAUAGGAGGUUUUAUGGGUUGCAGUAUCAUCCCGAGGUCACACAUUCCCCAGAAGGGAUGGAAACGCUGAGGUCUUUCUUGUUUGAAGUUUGUGGAGUGAAUGCUGGCUGGAAAAUGGAAGAUGUAAUGGCUGAAGAAAUUAAGGUGAUUAACAACAGGGUGGGGUCUGAUGAUCAUGUUAUCUGUGCUUUAUCUGGAGGUGUUGAUUCCACGGUUGCCGCAACUCUAGUUCACAGGGCAAUUGGAGACUGGCUUCAUUGUAUUUUUGUUGACAAUGGUUUAUUAAGGUAUGAAAGGAACUACUUGAAUUGAGAACGCGUGAUGGAGACCUUUGAAAGGGAUUUACAUCUGCCUGUUACUUGUGUUGAUGCAACUGAGCAAUUUCUUAGUAAGCUAAAAGGGGUUGUAGACCCUGAGCUGAAAAGGAAGAUAAUUGGGAAAGAAUUUAUCUGUGUCUUCGAUGCUUUUGCUAAAGAAUUGGAGAAUAACUUAGGAAAGAAACCUGCUUUCUUGGUUCAAGGAACCUUGUAUCCAGAUGUGAUUGAAUCUUGUCCCCCACCAGGAACCGGAAGAAGUCACUCUCACACAAUCAAAAGUCAUCAUAAUGUUGGAGGUCUUCCUAAAGACAUGAAAUUAAAACUCAUUGAGCCGCUUAAACUUCUUUUCAAGGAUGAGGUUCGUCAACUUGGGAGGAUAUUGACAGUUCCUUAUUCAUUUUUAAAGCGCCAUCCAUUUCCUGGGCCUGGCCUUGCUGUACGAGUCUUGGGUGAUGUAACUGAGGACAAUGCCUUAGAUACUCUACGUCAGGUGGAUGAAAUUUUUAUUCAGUCAAUUAAAGAUGCUGGUAUUUAUGACUCCAUUUGGCAAGCUUUUGCUGUAUUUUUGCCUGUAAAAUCAGUUGGAGUUCAAGGUGAUCAAAGAACACACUCUCAUGUUGUUGCUCUCCGGGCUGUUACAAGUCAAGAUGGAAUGACAGCAGAUUGGUACCAUUUUGAACGUGAGUUCCUUGAUGAUGUUGUCCAAAAAAUUUGCAACAAUGUUCGUGGUGUGAAUCGUGUUGCUUUAGACAUUACAUCAAAGCCCCCAUCAACAAUUGAAUGGGAGUGAUGCCAUGUUGGAUGUCAGUAACAACUCCAUAGCUGUUAAGAGUGAAGGUGAUAUAUUCAUUGUGUCUUUACUCCCCGUUCUUGGUGACAAGAGAGAAAGCUGUGUUUAGCAGGAUCUCUUAAUACAAGUUACUGGAUAUAUAAAGUCUAUACCAUAUGCUAUUUCUGCAUUGCCUAUUUCUCACAACGAAAUUGUUGUCAACAGUUGGUGUAAAAUAUUUCUAUUAGAAAAUUCUCACUAUUAAACAUUUUUUCUGUGAAAAUUUUUCACUUUUAAACAUCAUAAUAUACAGGUCAUUUAUUUUUCUCGA